CAUUCACAUGUCACAACUAAGCAGUCCUCAUGUCAAUUGUCAAAUUCAUUCUUUCUCCUUUACACGAAUACAUAGCCAAUGUCCUAGGGUUUAGUUAACCAGAACUUCCGAGUCAGCUACCACCACCUACACCAUGACUGAAGCAAUGGAUGCCUUAGAGGAUGGCACUGACCUUGGUCAUGAGCCAAGCAAGGAGAAUUUCACCAAAUCUGUGGAGGAUGUAGAAUCUUCUCCUCCUCCUCCACCUGCAAGGCGAGGUCGCGACCGGGAAUCUCGCGAACGCAAGGAUGAGCGAGAUUUUGAUAGACGAGGUGGUCGUGGAGACUACAAUGAUCGCGACCGAUCUCCACCGCCCCCUCCUCCUCCUCGAGAGCGUGACUCUAAGCGCGGCCGCCCUAGCCCUAGCCCUCCUCCCCCACCUUACCGUGACCGCCGAGGGGGACAUUCGCCUACCCGGCGCUCGUCUCCUAAUCCAUCCUACAAGCGUUCUCGCAGGAAUGACUAUGAUGGUCGACCCAGAGGUGGCUAUGGUUCUGGUGAUAGGAGGUUUGGUGGCCAUGAGUAUUCAGCUGGUUAUGAGCGUGAAAUGGGAGGUAGGGACGGAUAUCCCAAUGAGAGGCACCAUGGUCGAUAUACUAGCCGUUCAUCUGGUGGGCACCAAGACUGGGAUUCUGGCCGUGGUGGAAUUGGUGAUGCGUUUGUAUCAGGGAGCACCCAAAGAGAAGGAUUGAAGUCUUAUAAGCAGUUCAUUCAGGAACUUGAAGAUGAUAUCCUACCCGCAGAAGCUGAACGCAGGUAUCAAGAGUACAAGUCAGGAUAUAUAGAGGCCCAAAAGCGAUCUUAUUUUGAUGCACAUAAGGAUGAAGAUUGGUUGAAGGACAAAUACCAUCCUACGAACCUUGUUACUGUUAUAGAAAGGAGGAAUGAGCAAGCACGGAAAUUGGCAAAAGAUUUCAUUCUUGAUCUACAGAGUGGAACAUUGGAUAUAGGUCCUGGUGUUACCUCCACGGCAAAUAAACCAGGACCGUCUAGUGAGCUUAAUUCUGAUGAUGAAGCAGAUGUCAAUGACAAAAGAAGACGUUAUGGAAGGGGGCCAACCAAAGACGCUAAACUACUUUCAACUGCUCCAAAGGCUCACCCUGUGAGUUGUGAGCCGAGACGAACUCAUACCGAUGUUGAGCAGGCUCAAGCACUUGUCAGAAAGCUUGAUGCAGAGAAAGGAAUCGAGGACAACAUAUUAUCUCGGUCUGAUACUGAUAGAGGGAUCAGGGAUAAGUCUCAUGCAGUUUCUUUUGGUCCUGUUGUUAUAGUAAGGGGCUUAUCAUCAGUUAAAGGUCUUGAGGGUAUUGAACUUCUGGAUACCCUUUUAACUUAUCUCUGGCGCAUUCAUGGAGUAGAUUACUAUGGUGUGACUGAAACAAAUGAAGUGAAGGGCCUCAGACAUGUGAGAUUCGAAGGGAAGACUUCUGAUUCUAAUAGUAAUGGUGCUGAAUGGGAAAGUAAACUAGACUCACACUGGCAAUCAAGACUGCAGGGGCAGGAUCCUCUGGAGGUCAUGACAGCGAAGGAGAAGAUCGAUACAGCUGCUGUUGAAGCUUUAGAUCCAUAUAUAAGGAAAAUUAAAGAUGAGAAGUAUGGGUGGAAGUAUGGCUGUGGAGCCAAGGGUUGUACAAAGCUUUUUCAUGCUUCUGAGUUUGUUAAUAAACACUUAAAGUUAAAGCACCCAGACUUGGUAUUGGAGUUGACUUCUAAAGUGCGUGAAGAUUUGUACUUUCAGAAUUAUAUGAGUGAUGAAAAUGCACCCGGGGGGACUCCUGUUAUGCUGCCAUCUCUACCGAAAGAGAGGCUACAGAGACGCAGACCUGGUCUAGAGGGCCGACUGAAGGAUGAUAGAGGUGGGCGCAGAGAUCGCUCUAAUGAAAGAUUUGACAGGAAUGACAGCUCACAGCUGGCAGAUUUCCAGUCCAACAAUGAUGGUGGGACUAAUCCUGAUGAACAAAUGUAUGAUAGCUUUGGUGGACAAGGAAUUCCUGUUGCUGGUUUCCCUUCUGACAUAGUUCCUCCCCCUGUGCUGAUGCCUGUUCCUGGGGCUGGUCCAUUGGGGCCUUUUGUUCCAGCACCACCGGAAGUUGCAAUGCAGAUGUUUCGAGAACAAGGUGGUGCUGCUUCCUUUGAAGGCAGUAGAAAUGGCAGGUCAGGUCAACAUAUGAAUGGGUCUGCCCCAAUCAUUGCUUUACCUCCUAGACUUCGACAGGAUCCUAGGCGCCUAAGAAGCUAUCAAGAUCUUGAUGCACCAGAAGAUGAAGUCACUGUGAUAGAUUACAGGAGCUUGUAGUCAUCAUGAACAGUUGGAGAUGACGAGAGUGGGAAAACCACUGUUUUAGUCCCUCACUUACGAAUUAGUUAUACACGAUAGUCCUUUGUCAAUUUAUUCAUGCAAUUUAGCCUCUCAAUUGCUCUGAAGUGUCGCCAGGGUUAGUCCACUCAAUUGUUCAAAAGAUGGACUUGAUUGAUGACAUUCGUGAACAAUUGAAGGGCUAAAGUGUGUGUAAAUUGACUAUCAAGGACCAUUACCUAAUGCGCAAGAGUUGGAGGAUCAAAAUGCUGAUUUUCUCAGAGAGAUUUGUACGUGGAGAGUGGGCAAAAACUGAAUGGAGAUGACUUUUGGCGUAGUCUACACCCUUCAUCGGAGAUGAUUAUAGUUUUUCUUGGCAUUAACGCGGCGUUUGGCCAAUUAUCAAUGUACUAUUAUAUACUCCAUUUUGAUUGAUUGCAUAUUUGUAAGUUGAGAUUCUUAUUUUGAAAUUAAAAACUGUACCAUUGAUUAGACUCGUUAUGUUUAUAGGUCUGAGAUGUCUCUUGAAAAAUCUCUGGAUCCUUUGUUCCCUCUGCGGCAGGAACACCAUGACACCAUCUACACAUUGAGUUUUGUUAUUUUAAAGAUUUGUUUUUAUGCGUUCCAUUA